AUGGCUAGUUUGAAGCCAGAAGAAGUAUAUGGUUGGUGCGAACAACUAUCCAAAGAUUCAGAAUGCUGUUUUGUCUUGUGCGGUGAACUGCAUGAAGUUUCAUAUGAGGAGGUUACCAAGAUAAUUGCAGAUCGGACAGGGAUGCGGAGGCCAAAUGUACUGGGCAGGCGGGAUGAUGCUGUGAUGCUAGAGAGCAAUGCUGUGUUGGAGAGAGGCUUGAUCCCUGCUGUCUUUUCCUAUGAGGGAAGCAAACGUUGGAGCAUCGUGUUGCCUCUUAAGCCGAGUGAGGAGAUGAGAGCUGCCCAAGAAUCAAGUCCUACUGAAGAGAGGGCAAGGAGCCUCAUUGUACAGUCCCCUGACAUUCAAAGACAAGAUGAUUCACCUCUGGGCCUAGAUGGAACCUCUGACACGCAGAGUCAAUUAUUUUUGAUCGCUAUGACUAAACUCGUGGAGCAACUGGGAAGAAACCAGCAUGAUGGUGAAUAUAGGAUAUUGAGACCUUUCUCAGGAGUCCAACCUGUUCCAACUGGAGAAGAUGCCUAUGAGGUGUGGAAAGACACUGCAAUCCAGUACAUGGAAGAGUGGCACUGUCCUGAGACUGCAAAGAGACAACGGAUAGUGGAGAGUUUACGUGGUCCAGCAAUGGAGAUUGUGCAGGCCACUCGUCGGAGUGACCCUAAGGCUACUGCACAGAACUAUCUAGCGGCUCUGGAAAGAGAGUUUGGAACAUUAGAAGAUGCCACUGACCUCCUUUACAAGUUAAUAAACACCUGCCAAGAGCCGGGGGAGAGAUUGUCCAAAUAUCUAUACCGCCUGGACAAGCUAAUUUACCGCAUUGUGGAAAAAGGAGGAAUGACCCUCAGUGAAGUAGAUGAGCGUCGCAUGCAACAGUUGCUAAGAGGAGCACUGUCUUUAUACCCAGUUGCAUUGAAGCUCCGGGAAGACUCUACUAGAAAGCCAGCUCCUUCUUUCAACCAGCUAAUCAAUGAAGUCAAGCAAGAGGAAGCUAUAAUUGAAGCUAGAGACAGUGUAGUCAAGAAGAUAAAGACUGUUAGCCUGAAACAGGAAACCAGUACAAAAGAGGAGGAGUUGCUGAAGAUCCUUCAAGUGCAAAAGGAACAGAUAGACCGCCCGUUAGCCCUUCAGACAGCUAGAGAGGUCCCAAGGCCUCUGUAUUCAUCAUCUCCAAUACAACUAGAGAGUCGAGGUGACCCCAGAAGAUGUUUUGAGUGCGGUCGGCCUGGACAUAUAGCUAGACAGUGUCCAUCCAGAUGGCAUCAGAGGUCAUCAUAUAAGCAAUCCCCACAACUUGAACAGCCUUCAGGAAAUGAGAAAGGAGGACCAGAAGACCCCACUCUGGCCCCCUAA